AUGUAUGAAUCUAAUACAGGACACUCAAUGUCAAAUCCAGAUCUUGUAAAACCUUUACCGAUGAACACCCGAGAUAGGAGAAGAUCAUCAAUUAAAAGUGCAUUAUCAUCAUUAUUGACAACAAAUUCAACAACAACAACAACAGCAACAACAACAACAACUAGUAAUAAGAUAUCACCAAGAAAGAAGAAAAUUAAUUCACAAAGUCAACGGAAUACUCCCAGUAGUAGUAGUAAUAGACGACAUAGUACUAAUUCUAUUCAACCAUCUUCCAUACAUCAAAAUGUAAUCGCAACAAGAAGAAGAAAUAAUAGCCAUCACAUGGAGAACAGUAAUCCUAUAGCCAAUACAGUAUUUGAUAACAAACGCUAUAUCGACCAAUACCUUUUAAGUCGUGGAUUUGUAAGUAAAAAAACUAUCAUCAAUAAAAAAAAUAUCAAUAAUGGUAAAUUCGUUGUAACGGUUGCUACAACGGGGAGCACGAUUUUCUUACCAACAGUUUCUCCAACUGAUGACGAAUAUUUAGCUCGGCUGAAUGGAUUAAGACCAGAAGACAGUGAAGAAUUUUUGUUUAACGAUGACGAAGAUGAAGAUGAAGAACAAGAACAAGUACAAGAUGAAGAAAAUCCCGUGCAAGAGGUUAGAAACAAUAACGAUGCUAGAAAUGAUUCGGAACAAAGGGGACAAACUGCAGUUGGCACCAAUACAUCAACCGCCAAUGGCAACGAGCAAGAACAAGAAGGCAGAACUGCAUCACGAAGCUCGGCGGCUACAGGCGUCCAAUCAAUGGACACAGAGAACAGCAGUCGAAUACCUUUCAGCACAGCAAUUAUCAUCUCUACCGACACCUCUGUAUCGUUCGAAUCGUUUAUUAUAGAAUUAGCCGCUAAAGUCAAAGUCUUUUGGAAUAAUGGUGUGCCACCGACCAAAUCGUUCAAUGAAGAAUUUUAUAAUGCGGGCUCAUUAUUUUGGUCGUUGAAUAGUAAAAACUUUAUUUUAUUUGUUCCAAAAGAGGUGUCGGCGGCUAAUCAAAUUGUGGAAAAUAAUUUAAAUAAUAUUGAUAGACGUUUGUUUCGUAAUACUUCAUCAUCAACAAGGAAUUAUUUAGAUAAAAAUAAAACAAAAGAACAAUUCUUACAAUUAUUAUCAAAUGAUAAAAAAUCACAAAAUAAUAAUUUAAAACCUGGAACUUAUAUCUUUAUUUUACCUGUAAUGUUUGCUAACCAUAUCCCUGAAUCAAUGUAUUUCCCAUCGGCUAGAGUAAAUUAUAAAAUUAAGUUUGGUACAAAACUAUUUUUAUCAACAGGUAGUAAUAACAAGAAUUCUUCUUCUUCUUCUUCUUCUUCUUCACAAAUUUCUUUAAAUUCAACAAAUUCUUCAAUUAGAGGUACAGAAGCUGAACAAAUUUAUCAAAAAAAACCAUCCUUAAAUAAUAAAUCUUUAUUCAGUAUGAUGAAACAUGGAUUACAAAAAUUACCACAUCAAAACCAAAAAAAUAUAUCCCCGGGCGAUUCUUCUAUUGAUAAAAAUAAUAAUUCAUCGUGUAAUGGUUUAAAUCUUUAUGCCGAAUAUCCUUUAAGAGUAGUCAGAACACCACCUCCUGUGUCAAUUUCAACAGCUAAUAAACCAAUUUAUAUUAAUCGUGUUUGGACAGAUUCUUUAUCAUAUGAAAUAUCAUUUCAACAAAAAUAUGUUUCUUUAGGUAGUGAUUGUAAGUUAAGAUUAAAAUUAGCUCCAUUAACCAAAAAUAUUAGUAUCAAGAGAGUUAGAGUUAGUAUCAAUGAAAAGAUUACAUUUGUUUCAAAAAAUUAUGAAUUUGAAUAUGAUCAAAUUGAUUUAGUGGCAAAGGAUCCUUAUAACCCGUAUUAUCUUGAUUUUCAAUCAAAGAGAAGAAAAGAAAGAAAUUUACCUUUAUUAGAAAUUAGAACAAAGGAUAAAGGUUCAAGAGCAUUAAGAGAAGAAAUUAUUGAAAAUAGUUGUCAGGAUAAUUUAUUAUCAUAUUCGUCAUUUCCUGAAGAAAACAAUGUUAAUAAUAAUAAUAACAAGAAAAAUAAAAAGACUGAGCCUAUUGGAAUUACUGAAGAAAUUUGCAUUGAUACAAUGUUACAUUUCCCAAAAUUUGAAGAUUUAGAUAAACAUAAAGCUAAAAUUAUUGCACCAUAUGGAAUUGAUAUUUUUAAUACUGAAUUAAAUCCUGAAAUUUCAUCAUCACCAACUUCAUUAAAUGGAAUAAUAUCUACAGAUAAUAAUGGUAAUAAUUCUGAAUCUCAUAAGACUACAAGUAGUAGCGUUAUGGGCUUUUUAGCAAACCAUAAUCCAAUUACUAGUAGUAGCAAUAAUAAAAAUUCAAAAUUGAGACAAAAUAGUAAUGGUAAUCCUUCACUUGCGAAAAAAUAUAAUAUAACAAAGAUUAAAACAACAUCAGGAACAGAAGUUGAAACUCAUACUAGAUUAAAUAAACCAAAGAGAGGACUUUAUUUAGAUAGCUUACAUUUUAGUAACAUUCAUGCAAGACAUAAAUUAGAAAUUAUGUUAAGAAUAAGUAAGCCUGAUCCAAUGGAUAAUUCAAAAUUAAGACAUUAUGAAGUUUUAAUCGAUACACCAAUUGUUAUCGUAUCAGAAUUAUGCAAUUCAGGAAAUAUGGAAUUACCAACUUAUCAUAUGGCUACAACAACAACAAACAAUUCCACUGCUACAACUAUGAAUAACUUUGUUGGUAUCGAUACUCAUAAUAAUCACGAUGCCCCUCCAUCUUUUGAAGAAGCAAUUUCUGUACCAGGUUCUCCACUUGGUUCACCAAUGGGUUCACCAAUGGGUUCACCAAUUACAUCACCUCUGACAUCUCCAAUGGUUUCCCCAAUUGGUUCUCCUGAAGUAAUUCCAAGUUGUGAUUCAGAUUUAUAUUCAAUUCAACAAAUUAAUUUAUCUAGAGGUACAACAAUUAGAAGACCACCAUCUAUUGGAUCUGAAAAUAAUAUUAAUAUUAAUAAUAAUAAUAAAAACGCCAAUAAUACCACUACUACACAACCUUCUAAUACAAAUGAAAGAUAUAGUAACAUUGAUAGAUUACUUACGUCACCAUCUCAUUCGGGAUCAAAUUCUUCAGAGACAAUGGAAACUGGUUCAAUCUCUGGUUCAUCAUCUACUAAAGGUUCUAAUGCAUUGUUUAAAAAAAAUUAUACUAUUAACACUUCGAGUACCAUAGAACCUACUGAACCACCACACUAUGAUGAUAUCGUUAAAGAAUAA